AUGGAACAAAGUAGAGAAGACAAGACAAGACAAGAACUUGUAGCUCUUCUAGUGGAUUUCAGGAUUGAUAAUGGUGUAGCUUCUGGGAUGAUGAUGGGGAUACCAGUCGAGCUCGAGGUUACCACGGUCGAGAACCAUCAUGAAAUGGGCGAAAGCUCUGGUCAAGCAAUGAUUGAGCAAGAUGAUGAGAAUCAUAACGAAAUCGGUGAAAAUUCAGGUCAAGCUAUGCUUGAAGAAGACGAGAAGGUUGAUCCGGAUUCUAUUCCUUUGGCAGUUGCAGAUAUGGCGGAGGUUCAAGUAGCGGAUGAGCCUUAUGUUGGGCAAGAGUUUGAAUCCGAAGCAGCUGCACAUGGGUUUUAUAAUGCGUAUGCUACGAAAGUAGGGUUUGUUAUCCGUGUUAGUAAACUGUCAAGGUCAAGGCAUGAUGGAUCUCCCAUAGGUAGGCAACUUGUUUGUAACAAGGAAGGCUAUAGGUUGCCUAGUAAACGCGACAAGGUUAUUAGACAACGAGCGGAAACAAGAGUUGGAUGUAGAGCAAUGAUCUUGAUUAGAAAAGAAAAUUCUGGUAAAUGGGUUAUCACAAAGUUUGUCAAGGAGCAUAAUCAUCCUUUGAUGCCUGGAAGGGUUCGAAGGGGUUGCAUUUACGAUCAAUAUCCGAACGAGCACGGCAAAAUCCAGGAGCUAAUGCAGCAGCUAGCUGCAGAGAAAAAGAGAGCCGCUACUUACAAAAAGCAUCUUGAAAUGCUCUUUGAACAGAUCGAACAGCACAACGAAAGCCUUUCUAAGAGAAUCCAACACAUAGUAGACAAUGUAAGGGAUCUGGAACAGAGAGAUCAUCAACAGAACCAAGUAUAG